AUGAAAGUGAAGAGCUUGUAUGAAGUUACCGGAGGGAUAUUUAUUACCUUUGGGAUUAUAAGCAUUUUUUUCCAGAAUUUUUGCUUUUUUCCCCUGUUUUUUUCUUAUAAGCCCUGGUUCGUUGGAUGGAGCAUUUGCCUCGCCAGUCCCAUUUGGAACAGAGCUUUGUGGGUAGCUAGUUUUGCCUUCGGCAUACUGAGCAUCACGGGCGCCUCAGAGCAAUUCGCUGCUGCCACUGCAUCUCCUCUCCUUGGCCCAUACUGCUGCUGCUCGCUCGCUGGGACCAACUACCUGGGUUACGCAGUCCUGUUCACUUUUCCUUACACUGACUUUCCAAACUGCUGCAAAGACCCUUCGUGUUAUGAGUGGUACCACAUCACCCUGCAAAUACUAGACCUGUGUCUGAGUUUGGCCAUAUUCUGUGUAUCUUUGGUUUUUGUGACGACUUUUGUGAGAUUGCUCUAG